AUGAUUGAUCAAAAAGUCUCCCUCAUUGCUAUCUUUGGAGCGACAGGUACCGGGAAAACAAGCUUUGUCAAUGAUGCUAGCGGAGGUGAUCUACGAGUCGGCCACAACUCUCAUGCUUGCACCAAAGAUGUCGAACAAAGCCCUGUAUUUCGAGUCGAUAAUAGGAGCGUCGUUCUGUUCGACACUCCCGGAUUCGACGAUACGCACUUAUCGGAUACUGAGAUUCUCAAGCGUAUUAGUGGGUUUCUGGCCGCUUCGUACCGGGAAGGCUACAAACUUACUGGAAUUAUUUAUAUGCACCGGAUUUCAGACAUUCGAGUUGGCGGAAUCUCUCGUCGCACCUUCAACGUCUUUCGCAAACUCUGUGGCAAAGACUCUCUUUCCAAUGUCCUGCUGGUUACCAACAUGUGGUCCGAUCCCCCCACCUCUGAACAGCUCAAUCGAGAGAAUGAGCUUCGUACCCAUGCCGACUUCUUUCUCCCAGCCAUAGAACAAGGCGCUACGAUGGUCCGUCGUACUCACAAAAACCAACGGUCGGCCCACAGCAUUAUUCGUAUGCUACUUGAAAAGAACCCGAUAACUAUGCAGGUUCAAGAAGAACUUGUUGUCCAACGCAAAGCUCUUUCCGAUACAGGGGCAGGGCGUGAAGUCGAACACGAACUUAUCAUGGCUGCCGAGAAGCACAAGGCGGAGAUGUCGGAGCUGAAGACCGAAAUGGAGGAGGCGCUAAAGGAUAGGGACGAACGUACUCAGAAGGAAUUAGCACAGUAUCAACUCGACGCUAAAGCUGCCGAAGAAAAGCGUCAGAGUGAGCUCGCGGCCCUGAGGAAGGGUUAUGAUGAUGAACAGGUUCGCUGGCAACAACAGGCCGAAGAAGCGCGCGCCCAGCAAAAGGCAAUGGAGGCUGGUCAGCAGGCUUUGCGUGAUGAGUUACAGGCAGCGAGGAGGCAACACCAAGAAGCGUCUGAGAAUCAACGUAUAGAGCUCCAGAAGCGGAUUUCCGAUCUCGAACACCGAGUCGCGCACCCGCCGGGAGGGUGCAUCAUUGGCUAA